AUGGAAAGAAACGUCCUGGACUACGGGCCCGACAACACUGGGACCAAUAACACCAAGGAAGCAAUCAAUGCUGCCAUCAUGGAUGGUAACCGAGGUUGUGAGGACUGCGGAAGCACUACCGUUCGCCCAGCUCUGAUUUACUUCCCACCCGGUACCUACAAUAUCUGCACUCCCAUCAUCCAACACUACUUCACACAGUUCGUCGGUGAUCCCAAUAACCGGCCCAUCAUCAAGGGAUGCGAGACCUUUACUGGAACUGCCCUCAUGGAUGUCAACCCCUAUAUCACCGGCUCAGGUAUCAAUUGGUACAUUUCCCAAAACCAAUUCUUUCGACAGAUUCGCAAUUUCGUCUUCGACCUCUAG